AAAUUUUUGUGUUUUUUUUUUGUAAUUUUUUUGUUUGAGUUUGACACAAAAGUAAUUUUUAGCGUGGUCAGCGUUUCGCUACUUUUGACGGUGAACGGCUUACUCGCCUAGCAACCCUGCUCAUUUUCCUCCUCUUUUCUUUCCUUCGUUACUUUUUUUUUCGAAUGGCGGACUGUUUCGUUUUGCUGCUGUGCUCGCUGGUAUAACACCCUGUUAGGAUGGCUGUCACGCGUCCAAGUUGGUUGUCCGACUUCACGGCGAAGGAGCGGCAGUGCCUCAAGUGUCUGUACCGCAAGUACGCCAUGCCCCAAGUCCAUAAGAUGGAGCGUAUGCGUGAAGAGUGCGCGGGCCAGAUCGACCAGGCUCGUUGUCGCCACUGGAGAAUUUGGUCCAACAUAUCCCUGGGUCUCUUCGAUGAGACCGGUAAAAAAGUGUCGGCAGAGAAGAUCGAAGACUGUUUCUGGAUUGUGAUCGGCGGCGGCGAUCUGAAUGUCAUCAGGGCAAAGCUGAACGACCUGAUCGACGACGACAGCUUGGAUGGGGCGGACCCAGCAUCGGCGUCAAUACCACAAGUGAAACCAGCAAAAUAUCACCAGCGACGAGGUCAGAAACUUUCGCGUUCCGACGGUCUCGAUACUCCGCAACGCGGGCAUCCCGAAGACGUGGUCGCAGCUCAACUGUCGCUGGUCAGGAACGAUGGUGCUAACGUCUGGUCGAGCGGUGCUGAAGAUGUAGUUUCUGUCGAAAACGUUGGGAGUUGUAAAGUUGUGGCCAGGGUUGAACGCGCAAUUAAUGGCAUUGCCAGUGAGGUGGCCAUUCCGUCGCUGACGAUGUACGACGUGGAGACGGCAGCGUAUUUUGUCCGCGACAAGCCUCCCUCUUGGAGUGGGGCCCUCGACCUCCAUUUGCGCCUGAUUCAGAAUAGCGGUAACCCGGAACCUGUGGACCUGAGCGUGUGUCCCUUCGUCCCGGGCGCGUGUCCCGUCUUCCCGAGCGUGUGUCCCGUCGACCCAGCCCGCGUCGAUAGAGCGGUACAGUGCGACGACACGCCCGUGGGCCUGAGCGCGCGUCUCGUGCAAAGCCGCAGCGAGCGCGUCGACAAGGCGGUACAGUGCGACCGUGACGCCAAGGAAUUGGUGAUUCUUAUGCGCAAUGAACACCUGGCCCGGAUGAACAAGCUGCGAUUGGAAAGAGAUGUCUUCGAGCAGAUGCGGCUCCGCGUCGCGAUGGAAUGUUCUCAGGAAGCAGGUGGGAACACUGGCGCACCCACCACUUCGUAAAAUCAUGCUCCCUAUUUGUUUUGAAUGUCCACGGGUCAUGUGGACUUUCGCUGUUUAACCCAGCUUCUCCUUUACAUAUUAGCACAUUCAUUAUUGAGUUCAUUUAUUAGGUGACACUGUCUAGUUGUUUUCUUUAGUGGAAGGUUGUGGUACACAGAGUCACACUGAAAUGUUUAGCGAGCCCACCUUUGAAGUGUCGUGUCAGAACAAAAGGUGGGGGCUGACUAGUAGUUCAGGAUCCGACCAUUCUGUUCUCAGGAAUUUUACAGUUUUGGUCGAGAACUUUCGGAUGCUACUCAAACAAAGACCUUGUACUACGAUGAUCCCAAGUUUGAUUGUUUAUAUAUUUGGAUGGCUUCAUUGAUUUUCUGUAAGCAGGAAGACUCUUCUGCUUUAAUGUUACUCAAGAGAAAUGUUACAAUUGUUUGUGCUAGCUUCUAAUUUAAGUUGCAGUGACCGGUGUUCAUUAUCCCCGUCCAGAAGUGCUCUGCAGUCAUUUUUUAAUAUUCUGUUUUCUGUGAUAUGUGUUUUUGUUUGAGACACGUCUCAGGUGCACUCUACUUAGAAACCAAAGCGAAAUUACCAAAGAUAGCAUAAGUUUGUUUCCCUCAACGAAUAGCCAGCUCACCGUUGCGCAAGAAUGGCAAGAGCUCGCAACUACCAUUAUAGUCUGCGACAAGUAAGAGAUCGAAGGAAGCUCCACCCACCUCCCGCCAUUCUAGCAGAGCAAAUGCUGGAGAGGAGGCGACCUCUUUUCAAGCAUUAGCACUGCUAGAGUGGAAAGACUUGGGCAGAGAUUCCCCUGAGCUCUUAACCUGUCACCAACUAUGCCCCGAGAAACGGGAGGGGAGAGGAGGAGAUCGUGAGGGGACAUCAGAAUGCCAAGCUUUGGUUGGGAUGAUUCAUGGGUGGACCGAGACCUAACUGCCUUUGUCUCGACUGCAUCCGUCGAACGCUUUAGAACACGGGAUGCUGGCGUCCGACGUUUGGCUUUUGCAUUUGAAUUUGUUUCAACGAGUGCGGUGGAGACAAGGGCAGCUAGCGCUAGGUCUGCCCACUGAUCGUUCCUACCAGAGCUCGGCGCUCUUGACGUCUAUGUGCGCUCUCGUUUCCUCCUCCCCCUCGGUUUCUUGGCAGAUAGACCUGUUGCAUCUUGUAAAAAUGGCACCCCUAACAGUGGCAUCCUUGGUGAAGGUUUGUGGUUAUGUUUCAAAGAAUUCCCCGAUUCCCCUGGGAUCUCUCUGUUGUGGCUAAAAUAGCUUCGACAGGUCUGCCAGGUUGCUGACCUGCGGUAGCAGACCGGUUGCUUAACUCCCUUUGUUGGUGUAACUUUAUUUUUUAAUUAUAAGUUGAAUCUGUAGCUUCCAAUUCAGGGACAGCUUUGGUUCUGACAUGUUUCUACAUUAUCGGAGGAGCAGCUUCAGUGCACGUUUUGAAGCACUUUGUAUGCUUAAUUUAUUUUGCAGGAAGUCUGCAUGGCGCAAUAUUUUAACCAAUUUUGUUUUGUGUGCUAAAUUUUUUUUAUUACUGUUUCUAUUUAUUAUUUCUUUUUUUACGAACCUUUCCGCUAAUCGGGUCUUGACGCAUUGCUUAAAAACUUAAGGAAUUCGGCAUCGAAGGACAGCACACGAAAUAUGUGCUUUUGGUGUUCUGUCCUGUAUUUAAUUCUUAAGUUUUUACCCUAUACCAGUACACUCACCUCAAAACAUAAAACAGUACCUGGAUCUUAUGGUAUCUCUUAUAAUUUACUCACUGUGUUUGCCCACGGAGUGGAAAUGAUUACAUUUUUGAAGCUUUCGUAAGUAGGGCGUGCACAGUAUUUUCUCGCUCUCUAUAUCCUUUAUUUCAACCAACAUUAUGAAGUGUCAUUUUUUUCUGAUGCUUUCUUUAUUUCAUGUUUUUAUAGAGCUGUGGUUGUGGUUGUGGUUGCAAGUACUCAAUUGCAUUCUCUAAUGACAACUUGGUGGUUCUACCAUUUUGUGUGCCUGGUCAUUUGAGCUCAGACUUGUAAAUCUUUCAUUUAGCAGAUUCCUCAUUACGCUGCUUUCCAAUAAAGGUUUCAUUUCACCUGCUUAGUUUCUCUUCGUGCACUGAUGCAGUUUGAACAGCAGCGAUGUGAUUGCAGUGGUGCAAAACUGUGCCAAAGUGCUUACUCUGCUUCAUCCUGUUACAUUUAACUGAAAUGCGGGUAAUUUGUGCCAACGC